UACCUUGUUCUGCUAAAACCUGUGGGCUAGGGCCAGAUAAUAAUGUUUGUCAUGGUAAUGGAGCCACUUCCGGGUUGAUUUUGUAAAUAUUUAUAUCCCAAGACAAGCCAAGUUACAGAGGAAGUCGUCAUAUAUAUAUGUCAAGAUGUCAGAAAGGCCAUUGAGAAAACGUAAGACUCCCAAAAGAUUUGAAGAACUUGAAUUAAAUAAAAAGUCAUCCAAGCGAAAGGUAACGGGACAGGAUAUCGUUCAUAACCACAACAAAAAAGCUGAUGAUAUUCAAGCUGACCAGUCAAAAAAAAUCAAUGAGACAAAUAAUGUAGGAGAUACAGUGGAAAAAUCCCCUGAUGAUGAAUCUGCCACUGAAGCAUUCAGUAAGACUCCAGGUACAAGAAUGCUGCCAUGCUCCCAGUGUGAGGCCAGGUUUUCAACAGGAGGUGAGCUGCGGGUACACAGUUGGAAGAAACAUAGGCUGAAGUGCAAGAUAUGUGGGAUGUUGUUUGUAAGGGAGGCUGCCUUGAAACUUCAUAUGGGAGACCAUGAAGAGAUUGAUCCGUAUGAAGUGAAGGUAAAUGGUCACAAGCGUUACAAGUGUGACAUGUGUUCAGUGCACUGUGGGCGAAAGAGAGAGCUGCUCAAACACAUGCAGAAACAACAUGAAAUAGGAAAACCAUCCACGGCACUGACGAA